AUGUUCUCCCUGAGAUUGUGCAGUAAAAAGCCAUUCAGCACAUUCAUCAGCACCUCAUCACCCCCACGCCUCAUUAACUGGCAGCAUCUCCCCCGGACUCGCCACCUACGACAGCUCGAAGACAGAUGCCUUCAACGAUGCUACGCCCAAGUAGCUAAGAAGCCCAUCUCAAAACCGACUCUCUCACCAGCCGAGCAGGCAAAGCAGCAGGCCAAAGCUGCCGCCGCCACUGCUGGAUCUAAGCACUACGAGGUUGCUGAGAGAUUGCUCAUAUAUCAUGCGGGCACUGGACGGAUCACAUUCUUGGCCAUGGUCAAGGUGACGACUCUGUUUUUGGGGGCGUUUUUCACGUUUAUUGUUGUGCCGGGAUAUGUCAAGGCCGAGAAGCCGGAGUGGGAAACUCUAGGGGUUGCCCUCUGCGGCCUUAUUCCCCUAUUUUUUGUGGCAUACACCACAUCUCCCUUCGUCUCACACAUUUACAUCCAUCUACCUCCCGUCGCCCGCGUCAGCCGCCCAGUCCUCGAGCGCUUCAUCCACGCCUUGCCCCCCUCCACCGAGUUCACUCUCACCACUAUGAGCGCCAUCGCAAAACCUCGCUACAGCACCAUGCAGGUAGGUCACCUACGGCCGGCAAAGCGACGCUUCGGUAUCGUCAACUAUGUGCGAGACGCCGAGGGCGCUAUUGCGGAGAACGAGACGAGGAAGUGGUACAACCUGCGGGCCAUGACCAAGUUUGGCGUGCAGGAGGCUGGCGUGGAGAAGAAGAAGCUUAAGGGGAAGAAGGGCAAGGACUUGACCGAGGCGUGGAUCUGGGAUGUUGCCAAGAGCAAGAUUGAGAAGAGGGCAGUGACAGAGAAGGCGGCAUAG